CUCAAGGUAAAAGUCGUUCUUACAAGAAUGAGAAAAAACGAGAUUUUAAAGAUUCGGUGAACGACUACAGAAAGCAGACGGCGAUGAGGUUACCUUUGUUCACAUGGAUACCACGAGUGAAGAGGCGGGUGGUCUUGAUUUGUCCUCGAUUGCUGACGCCAGCUCAUAAGUGAUCAUGAGCUGGAAUCGUGCAGGUAACCAUCCAAACUGUCGUCAAACGACAAAGCUUGUGCCCCUUCGCCGUCCUUCUACAGGCUUUGACUUGAAGACCGGGGACUGCCGCACGACGAAGGCUGAAUUCAAGGCAUCUAUAGGUGCAAUUGUUCAUAAUAUUGUCAAAGUGCUUUCGUCCAAAAUUAAUGACGCCGAUUAUGUUGACGAGCGAUGACGGCAGCCCAGCUGUAGUGGUAAAGCGCGCUAUCUUCAUGGCAUGGUGGACUAUAUACCUGUGUGUAUAUAUAAAAGCAUGAAAUACACGAGAUUUUAAAUUGAAGCAAUCAUCUGACCACGGAUUAUUGGAGUGUGAAGUACUUCUGGUGAAGAUGAGGUCAGACUGCCCCAAGAUUCUACCAGAUCUUACUCGCGGCAUAGUUGAACAGAAACAUUGCAGAUAAAGUAUGCCAAUGAUUAAUUAUUCGGUAUUGACCAUCGAAUCAACAAGAAAUACCAGCGGCAACAGCAGCAACAAUCGCUUAUGUGGCAAGGGAUUUCAAGUACACAGUUAAGCCAUUAGUGAACUGGAGUGGCUUGCCGUCAAUAUUUUAACUUUACUUCCAGGACAGCAUUGCGGCUGACAGCAGCACGGACUAUGGCAGGGGAAAGAAUGUAUUCAUUGUAACAGAGAAUGAUCACGGUCCGACCUUUCCUUGGCAACUGCAAGCCUCAGCAACACCGCAAUGGCCGAAUCUAGCAACGGCAGGUUGCUGCCUCAUGAGGUAACGUUUACCUCCAGAAUAUCAGAUGAAUCAUUUUCUGCAGGCUUACCUCAGACUGUGAACAUCCAGCCAGAGGUACCCGAGGCACGUGCAACCCGUUCCAGCAAUAGCGGCGGCGGUGAUAAGGGGCAACAUAAGAGGUGCAGUCUACAGGGAGCUGCCCUUGGUGUGCUGAAGGUGACUGGCGUCUUAAGUCUGCUGUACAUGUUCAUUUGCAGCUUGGAUUUACUCAGUAGUGCUUUCCGUCUGCUGGGUGGAAAGACAGCAGGGAAUGUGUUCCAGGAGAAUGAGCUUCUGCAGAAUCCCAUCACAGGCCUCAUGAUUGGGGUUUUGGCUACAGUCAUCUUGCAGAGUUCUUCAACAUCCACUUCCAUCGUCAUCACUAUGACAUCCUCAGGCAUUAUUGAUGUGAGACCAGCAAUACCUAUUGUCAUGGGGGCCAACAUUGGGACCACUGUCACCAACACGCUUGUGUCCCUUGCUCAUGCCAUGGAUCCCAGAGAGUUCCGCCGAGCUUUCAGUGGUGCUACUGUCCAUGAUGUCUUUAACUGGCUGACUGUGCUUGUUCUGCUACCACUAGAAUACUUUGUGGGCUACCUGUUCCACUUAACAUCAUGGCUGGUGAAAUCCCUAGAUGUAGAGAACAUGCACACAGAGAACCAUGACCUGCUUAAAGAACUCACCAAACCUCUGACACAGCGUAUUAUCAUGGUAGAUGAGAAAGUCAUCAUGGAUAUAGCAGAAGGAAAGAACAAUUCAGAUGCUCCACUUCUCAAGAUGAUUUGCAAAUAUGCCAUCAGAGAGACAGUGAACGAGGUGAACCUAACAGGAAAAGAUGGAAAUGUCACACAACUCAACCAGUCACUUGUCACCAAGGUCCCAUUAGAGAGUUGUCAUUCCCUCUUCAACUGGCUAGGUUGGAGUGACACAGCAUCAGGCAUUACCCUGUUCCUGGGCUCAGUAUGUCUACUGUCUGUCUGUUUGUAUAUUAUGGUGAAACUGUUGCAUUCUUUGUUAGGCGGCCAUGUGGCACGUAUGACCAAACAUGUCAUCAAUGCAGACUUUCCUUCCCCGUUUUCGUGUCUGACAGGUUAUGUUGCACUUUUGGUGGGAGCAGGUAUGACUGUUCUGGUACAAAGCUCUUCAGUAUUUACAUCUGCAUUAACUCCUCUGGUGGGUGUUGGCUAUCUGAAGCUUGACCGAAUGUACCCACUGACUUUAGGUUCGAACAUAGGAACCACGGCCACAGGGAUCUUGGCUGCUUUGGCUUCCUCAGCUUCUACCAUGCAUCUGUCCUUGCAGCUAGCCUUGUGCCAUCUUUUCUUUAACAUAACUGGAAUCAUCUUGUUUUAUCCUGUUCCUUGCAUGCGGCACAUUCCUUUACAAGCUGCUCGCUUCUUGGGGCGCACAACAGCUUGCUACAGAUGGUUUGCAGUUUUCUACCUCAUAAUUAUGUUCCUUGUCUUUCCUAGCUGCCUCCUAGCUCUGUCAUUUGCUGGCGAUGUGGUCUUUAUAUCUGUGCUGGUUCUGCUGAGUGUUGUUGUGUUGACAGUGGCAGUGAUUAGCAUACUGCAAAAGAGUCGAUUCCGUUAUUCCCUUCCUGUUACACUGCGCUCGUGGAACUGGCUGCCGCUGUGGCUACGCUCUCUUGAGCCUAUGGAUAAAUUCUUCCAGUGGCUUUUCUCUCCUCUAAAGCAGUUCUGCUGCACUUGCUGUUUGAAACAAUGCCACUGCCUGUCCCACAGAGAAGGCAGCAGUGACAUUUAUGAUGACGACGAUGACAUAAAUGACGGGGAUGACUGCAACACCAGCAGUGGUGGAGAAGACUCUGAAGAUAAUGAUUAUGCCAACUGCUGUGUUAUGGAGCCUGCAGGAUUGCAAAGAAUUCAGCAUUCUGAAAUCCCUCUUCAAGAAGUCCACAGUGGCGUCUGGCAAAAGCGUACAUUUCCUCCUAAACGUUUUGCAUAUAGACCCGUAGGUCAACCUGAAAAUUUAACGGCAAUACCGGUUCACUUUAGUACACCACUGAUUGCUUCCUCAGAAAGUAUACCAUGAUAUAGUGCACAACUUUUUACUUCUUCAUCAAAUGUUGGUUCUAUGUUUUUUUAAAACUCCUCACAGUCUGAAACUUGUCAAAGUGGGUGUACACACUUGUUUGUUAAUUGCACAUCCAUUUUGGAACUGCUGUUUUGGGCAACGAAAUGUGCUUGUCAUGACAGAAAUAGCUGAUACCACAAUGUUACUGUUAUUUGGGUUGUAUGCAGCUCAGGGUAGCCAAAAUGUCUUUGUAUUACCCUUGUAUUAUUGUAAUAACCACACAAUCAAAACAGAUGUUUUAUUUUUGUGUUGGUGAUCAAGAACUUUAAUUUUAAUGUCAUUGGAGAUGCAGCAAAGCUAAAAAUGUUAUUUUAAUAUUUGACUGCUGCUUUCAGAUAGGGUUACAGGACUUUGUGGCUGCCCUGUUCUGUGCUGUUACCACCACAGGUGUUUUGUUAAUGUGUGCAUAGUUUUAAGAUGUAAAGUAUCUUUGAAUUGUCUGCAUCAAAUGCAAUGAAUGAAAAGGAAUGCCCCUUAAAUCUUUUGGAGCUUGUAUUUUUAUCACUAAUGUUACUUAAUACAACAGAUAUAAUCAAACUGAAUUCAGUUUGCUGACAAUUUUUAUAUGCAACAUGCUUCUAUAUCCAUGUCAACGUACACAUGAUCAAAGUAUGCAUGCCUACUACAAAUUUGUAGAGGUAGUAACUUCUACACAGACUUAUUGCCUUAGGCAUUGGUAGUUGCUGGUCCUGAAUAAAAAAAAACUUAUGACAAGAACUCCUCAUCCUAAACCUAGGACAUUAAAAAUGUCACUCGUA